UCAAUAUCCUUUUCAUAAUUGCAAGUUGUAUUGCUCUAUAUCCACACUGGUUAAUGAUAAAGCAAGCACAAGGCGAUAUUCCUUUGAUAGCUGAAACUUCUACCACAGCGCUGCAAACGACAACCGGCCUAAUUAAAAUGGCUUACAUGCUGUUUCACUCAGCAUAGAUUUCAUAAACUGAUUCGCAAGGCUGAAAGACAUGAACUGCUGCAGGGGAUCGAAAUCUUUCAAACAGAUAUGCCAAUCAAAACCACUCUGAAGAAGGAGAUUAACGCAAUUAUGGAAAUCAAUUGGAAACAGGCGAGAGGACAGCUUCUGUUCACUUUGGGAACCUGCGUCUGCAUUAUGUCUAACUAUUUCUUCUAUGCAUUCUUCAAAAACUUAUAUAAUCACUGGCAAGGCACACCAAAUUAUGUGUAUAUUCUGCCUUUCACUGGCUAUCCGAUGUUUCUGCACAAAGGAAUGGCCUCACCGUAUUACGCAAUGGACAUGUUUUUCGGUGCUUGCUCGCUUCUGGUCGCCGGCAUGAGUGCUAUUAGCUUCCAGGGUUGCUUUUUGGUGCUUUGUAAGCAUUCCUGUGGACUGGUCCAGGUGUUAUGUCUACUGUUGAAGAGAUCCACCUCAACUCUGGUUCCAAAACCGCAACGUGUGGAAUAUUUGCGCUACUGCAUAGUACAACAUCAACGCACUCUUGAGUUCAUAAGCGAGGUCAAUGAGCUUUUUAGACACAUUUGUCUCUCCCAGUUUCUUCAUAGUCUGGCAAUUUACGGCUUUGUACUUUUCGAGAUGAACUUCGGCUUGGAAUCAAAUAAAAUUACUUUUAUUCGCAUGUUUAAUGUAUUUAUGUGCUGCUACAACAGGUGAUUGCAUGCACUACGUCAACGGACAGUUCCUGGCCAACGAGCUGGAAAAGGUUCCGUUAGCUUGUUAUAACUGUGAGUGGUACCACGAAACAGAUGCUUUUAAGAAGACAUUGAGAAUGAUCAUUAUGCGCUCAAAUAAAAAAUUCUGUUUCCAAAUAUCCUGGUUCACAGUAAUGUCCUUGGCUACAUUGAUGGGU